AUGGCGGCAGUAAGAAAACAAAAAGCUAUUGAAACAAUUUUUGACAAGUCAUUACCUUCCAAAGCAAAACCUGAGGUAAACCUUGGAACCUUUGCAUUUCUGUUCUCAGAGAUUGUACAGUACAAUCAACAAAGAGUGUCUUCAUUAUCACAAUUACAUGAGAAGUUAGCUGAUCUCGGCCGCCAUGUUGGUUUCAGGAUGAUUGAUCUUCUUUGUUGGAGAGAUAAAACACAAAAAGAGAGAGACUCGUAUUGGCAUAUACUAUGGUUUAUACAGAAAACAGUUUGGAAGACUCUCUUUGGUAAAGAAGCUGAUCGACUUGAACAAGCCACAACCAAUGAAGCAACCUAUUAUCUUUUUGAAGACGAGCCUCUUGUUAACAGAUUCAUAUCAGUUCCAAAGGAGCAGAGCAAUUUAAACUGUGCAGCAUUUAUGGCAGGAGUGGUGGAGGCCUUUCUCUGUGGAGUCCAGUUUGAGGAAGAAGUGAUUCCCCCUCUUCAGCAACCCAUCCUGCUUCCAAGGACCAUUCUGGACGAUAUUGAGAUGGAUCUGAAAUGA